AUGGUUGACGUACUGUCCAAAGAAUCGUUCAACCCAUUGCAGGGGCUGGCGUCUGGCGAAGACAGCGUCAUCUAUAUUUCCGACGCAGCAUCAGACACGAGCGAUAUAUCAAAUGACGCACCAGCGGAUGAAACUCUCCCAUCAAUCCAAGCCAUAAUGCAACAUCUGAAAGAGACGCAGAACGAAGGCAGCACUGUUAAUGACCGUGAUCAAAGGUCAAAUCACGGGGAUGAGCGCGAGCCAACACACCAAGCAGCUUCUUUCACGCCGCCCAAUCAUGAACAAACGCACCAGAGCCCCGAGCCGUCCUUCGGUGAGCCGACGGCGGACUGCCCAACUGAUGUUUCGUCAUUGGCACCUCUAGCACCUCUCAUUCGUGCAUCCACGCUCGCUUCGUUGCCUGUUCCUUCGCGAACCGAUUGUCCGUCACCUGACUCCCAGCCUUGGGACAUUGCUUCUACGCAGACAAGCUGUACUUCCGAGUCAGCUGUUGACGAGGCUAUGGACGAGACCGACACACAAAAACCUACAGAGACAUGCUUACCAGACGUGUCUGGCAAUGGUUUAAGCGCACUGGCAUCUACAUGUGACCAGAUUACGUCUGUCAAUCUCAUGCACCGCACACGCCAGCAACUGCGGAAUAAGAGGCGAAGGGAAGCAUCGCAAGGCCACGAUACCGAGCAGUCUGAUGCGGAAGAGCUGCGUGAUGCAUUAAGCGAUAUGGACUACUGCCCAUUGACAGCUCACGAAAUUAAAGAAGACGGUGAGGGCCUGUCCAGUGACGAGGACCUGCCAUCCCGCAAGCGCCGCAAACGUCAUAGCAUAUCCAGAAGAAACAGAUCUCUGAGCAAAGGGAGCGCUUCUUUUACUUCUGCGGCUAGCGACAAGGUAGCAGGUUCAGCUCCCUCGGUCUUGCCAGAGCGUGCUGAUAAUGCGACGGAUUCUACAGACGCGGCGUUCGAUGAAUGGGUGUUGCAGGAUGUCGUCCUUCAACGAACAAUCAUGAACAGCAAGGCGUCUUUUCAUUUUCAGUUCGACUGGGAUUUAUGCAUGAACCACGGGGAAGAAUCAGGCAAAAUUUGUAAAAUGUCCUCUCAGCAGGGUCGAGGCAGGUCCACGGUUAAGAGCAACGGAAGAAGGAAGUUCACGGCGGAUGAAGAGCAAUGGCUCGUUACAUGGAAGGAAACACAAGGGCUGUGCUGGGCUGACAUUCAUCAGCGCUUCUGCGACAAGUUUGAGGAACGCUCGAAGGAAUCCCUUCAAGUGCGGUACUGUACAAAGCUGAAACGUCGCGAUCAUAGUUGA